CUGUUCUUUUUGAGGAUACAGACUAACACGGCUGCUACCCUGAUUCCUGUCAUUAUAAAUGUAGAUGACAGAGGCACUAGUGUUGAUGUAAGACAGACUUCUGGGAGGUAUUUGCAUCGGUACUGCAUGACAUGUUGAGUAAAACCUAGAACGAUGUAAAAUGAACCUGACGCACAUGAGAGGGACCAAAAGCUGGCUAAAUGAUGGGUCUGAAAAUGUAACUAUAAAAUCAUCAUCAAGUGGGUGUAUUUCUAGCGGGUUUCCACCACAGGGAUCGGUUCAUGGCCCCCCACUAUUUAACAUUUUUAUCGAUGGCCUGGAAGAAAACAGAAAAUCGUCAUUGAUAAAGUUUGCAGACAACACACAACACACCCCUGGCUAAAUGUGAAUGUAUAGAAACAAAGAAUGUAGAUGAUGCUUACAACUUUACCCUGGGAAGCAAUGCCUCUGAAGACGUGGGGGUCAUGGCAGAUAAUCAGCUGACCAUGAGCUCCCCAUGUGAUGCGGUGGCGAAAGGGAUCAGACAUCAUUUAGUUGGGGUUGGUCCUGCUUUGAGCAGGGCGUUGGAGUAGAUGACCUCCUGAGGUCUCUUCCCACCCUAAUCGUCUAUGAUUAUGUGCAUAAGCGGAUGCAUACGCAGCGGUAUCUUGAGUAGGAGUAGAGUGAUUAUUUUACUUCUAUAUUUGGCACUGGUGUGACCACUGCCGGAGCACUGUGUGUUCCAUUCUUGUGUCCACAAUUCAAGGAUGUUGAUACAUUGGAGAGAGGGUUCAGAAAAGAGCCACAAGAAUGAUUAAAGGAUUAGAAAACAGGCUUUAUGGUGAUAGUUUCAAGGAGCUCGGUCUAUUUAGUCUAACAAAGAGAAGGUUAAGGGGGUGACUUGAUUACAAUCGUUAAGCACCUGCAGGGGGAACAAAUAUUUGAUAAUGGGUUUUUCAAUGGAGCGGACAAAUAUAUAAGACAAUCCCAUGACUGCAAAUUGAAGCUAGACCAAUUCAGACUGGAAAUAAGACGUCCGUUUUUACAGGGAGGGUAAUUGACUGGAAGAUUUUACCAAGGGUCGUGGUGGAUUCUCCAUCACUGGCAAUUUUAAAAUCGAUGGGAUGUUUUUGUCUAAAAGAUCCGCUCUAGGAAUUAUUUUAGGAAAGUUCUUUGGCCUGUGUUAAGCGGGAGUUCACAACAGAUGAUCCCAACGGCCUCUUUUGGCCUUGGAAUCUAUGAAUUGUGCUGGGUGGUGCACAGAUCCUGACUAAGAUCUGGGCCCUCAUUGUGCACAGACCCAGUCUGAGAUCAAGCCCCAUUGUACCAGACACCACACAGACCCCAACCAAGAUCAGGGUCCCGCAUUGUGGCGGGGGCUGCAUAGACCCUGACCGAGAUCAGGGCCCCCAUUCCACUAAGGAGCUGCACAGACCCACAGCGAAAGACAGUCCCUGCUCUGAAGAGCUCAUAGUCUAAAUAGACAAAGGCAGGAUUAUUAUCCCCAUUUUACAGAUGGGGAAACUGAGGCCCAGAGAGAUGCAGUGACUCUCCCAGACAGUCUGUAGCAGAGUUCGGAAUUGAACCCAGCUUUUCUGAGUCACAGCCCAGCGUCUGAGCCGCAAGCCUGGCCAUUUAGAUGAGCCCGAGGAAGUGGAACAACAACCACAGGUGCCGGGGACGGGCGUGAGAACGAGGAGGAGCCGGAACCCCCCCAAAUGUCCCUCUUGCCACCCGAGCUGGGGGAGCCGCUGACCAUCUGCAGCCAGUGCGGGAAGAGCUACCGCCUGAGCACCCAGUUCCUGCGGCACCAGCAGACCCACGUCCGUGAAAAACCCUUCAAGUGCGACGAGUGCGGGAAGAGCUUCGUGGACAGCUCGGCCCUGCUCACGCACCGGCGUGUCCACACCGGGGAGCGGCCCUACCGCUGUGCCGACUGCGGCCGGAGCUUCAGCCGCAGCUCCAACCUGAUCCGGCACCAGCGCACCCACCGGGGACUGCGGCCCCACCAGUGCCCCGACUGCGGGAAGAGCUUCGCCGAGGCCUCCUGCUUCCUACAGCACCGGCACUCCCACGCAGGCGAGCGCCCCUACCUCUGCCCUGACUGCGGGAAGUGCUUCCGCCACCGCUCCGUCCUCCUGGCCCACCGCCGCACCCACCUCGGGGAGCGGCCCUACACCUGCUCCGAUUGCGGGAAAAGCUUCCACCAGAGCUCCCAGCUCUCCGCCCACUGCCGGGCUCACCUGGGCGUCAGGCCCUUCCAGUGCCCUGACUGUGGGAAGAGCUUCUUGGACAGUUCCUCUCUGAUCAUCCACCAGCGCAUCCACACCGGAGAGAAACCCUACAGGUGCCCCGAGUGCGGGCGUAGCUUCAGCCGCAGCUCCAACCUCCUCCGGCAUCAGCGCCUCCAUGCCAGGGAGCAGCCCUUCAAGUGCCCCCAGUGUGGGCGGAGCUUCCGGGAUGGCUCGGGCCUGGCUCAGCACGAGGGGUCCCACCUGAAAGCUAAGACGUACCAGUGCACCCAGUGUGGGAAGGGUUUCAGCCAGAGCGCCACCCUCAUUAGGCAUCAGAGAAUUCACACCGGGGAGCGGCCCUACACCUGCUCUGAGUGCGGGAAGAGCUUCAGCCAGAGCUCCACCCUCUUCCGACACCGGAGGAUCCACACAGGCGAAAGGCCCUACAAGUGUCCCCAGUGUGGGAAAAGCUUCAUCGAGAGCUCGGCCCUGAUCCAGCAUCAGAGAAGUCACACGUGACAGAGGCUACUAGGGGAGUGCAUCCGUUGGAAGUCAACCAUUGGGCAGUAUCAAAGUGGUGCUGGUAGGAGCAGGUGCCUGGAAUAUCAUGGAUUAAUUGGCGGGAGGAAACAUCAACCAUUGUCCAAUGUCAAUGUGGCAUUGGCAUGACAGCAUGGCUGGAACAUCGUAGAUUAAUUGGCUGGAGGAGAGCAUCAACUAUUGACCAAUAUCACCAUGGUGUUAUUGUGCAUUUGUGUCUGGAAUAUCAGAUUCAUCAGAUGGAUGAGAAUGUCAACAACUGGCCAAUGUCAACAUGGCUUUGGUGUGAGAAGUGUGUCUGAAUUAUAAAUUAAUCAACCGGAGGAGGUCAACCAUUGGCCAAUGUCAACAUGGUUUUGGUGUGAGAAUGUGGCUGGAUUAUCGUAGAUUAAGCAACAUGAGGAAAAGAUCAACCAUUGGCCAAUGUCAACAUGGUUUUGAUGUGAGAAUGUGGCUGAUUAUCAUAGAUAAAUCAACCCAAGGAGAAGAUCAACCAUUGGCCAAUGUCAACAUGGUUUUGGUGUGAGAAUGUGGCUGGACUGUCAGAGAUAAAUUGACUGGAAUUUUCAAAUGACCCUAAUGGUGUCAAGUGACCAGGUUCAAAAUCCCCCCUUGGAAAUCCCAACCAUAGAUGUGGAAGGCCAGAAGGGACCAUUACUAUCACCCAGCCUGUCCUUGUGCCUACCACAAUGAUAUACUGACGUUCAGGAGGUGCGGCAUCUGCUCAGCGGUAAUUGCACUUUCCUGUCUCUGUACGAAUUGUCUUUUCCAAGGUGUGUUUGACAUGGUAUUUAACAAGGUGAAACAGCAUUUCCCAAAACAAGACCUCAUCAUUUCUGCCGUGUAAAUGGACCAAAUGUCAGUGUUUAAAGUGACCUGCAGAGGGCGAGGAGGGGAAAUUAAGGCUGGGUUUGGGCCCCUUUUCUUUAUCUUUUAUGAAAAAAGUCUGGCCGUUGUAUUUUUUUAAAAAUUCUGCUUGGUUUGGGUCUGUCCCACAGUAAAGCCGUGUCUACACACAACAUUUGUAGCUCUUUCACUACACCGGUCUAGUUACAGUACUGUGGGCUCAGUUAUACUGUUAGGAAGGGACCUUUUUGUAUUAUUGCUGUUCAUUUCUAUUUACCAUAGUGCCUAGGAAUCCUUGUUGAGGACCAAAACCCCAAGGUGCGUGGUGCUGUACAAACAUGGAACAAGACGUCAGUCCCUGCCCCAGAAACCGUACAAUCUAAGUCCAAAACAAGAGACCACAGAUGGAUACAGACGGAAUGAUGGUGGAGUACAAGGAAACAAUGGGACACUACUGGUCAGCAUGACUGACUGUGGUCUCAGCACCAGCAGUCUCACCACUGUCAAGUUUUUGGUAGGACUGAUGGCAUAGGAGGGAUUUGAAGGAGGAGGAUGUUUAAGGGGGAACCCCUCCCCGGCGUGAGGGUUCAGCAUGGAAGAAAGCACAAAGGGGCUGGUUCGAAAAUGUUAAUCCAAGCUGGAUUGAAAAAUGGUCAGUGAUGGAGAGUCCACCAUGACCCUUGGAGGAGUUGUUCUUAUGACUCUUGGAGAGUUGUUCUUAUGCUUAAUUAUUAUCCUCCCAAAACUUUGCCCCUUUAUUUCCAGCUUGAAUUUGUCUAGCUGCAACCUCCAGCCAUUAGAUCCUGUUGUGCAAUGUAACUGUAUCAGUAAAAAAAAAUAAAUCACACCCUGAACAACAAA